GCCCUUAUCCACCACCUGAUAUUUUUAAUCCACCUUGCUGUAGUGAUCGGGUUGAGCGCUUCACCUGUUCUUUCGCAAUAGAAGACACAACGCAUACACAUUCGUUUCGCACGACAGAUACCUAUCAACUGACUCUUUAUUUUGACAUAACCUGUUCCCUACAAUACCCAUAACUGUUGUGUCCGCUCAAAUGCAACAUGUGACGCUGAUGUACGGCACAAACAGAACAUGUAUUUUAUUACUAUCUUUGGUAUAUGUUCAACCGUUUACAAUAAUAAAAAACACCCAGUGCUGUAAAAUGUCACUAUCAAUGUCAUAAAAAAAUCUGACUGAAACAAAAUCCAUAUCAGCGUCACGUACUCAAUUGUGAUUAUCAGAGGUGAUACUCAGAACGAUUGGUGUGUGUAGUAGGCUAUGACUACCUAACAGUGGGAUUUUGCCUCAGCAGAAUUUCACUUCCUAGGCAUAGUAGCCUAUGCCAUGUUUAGUAAUAAAUUAGUUCAUAGUUAACCACCAAACUAGCAAGUUGGUUUUUAUUUGCUCUCUGUGUGAACUGUAACAUUUGGCGACGAGGAAAAGUUCAGAAGCAUCUCGAAGGUCUUUUUAGCGAAAUCAUCGAAUAACGAAAGUGUCCCAAGAGGAUCUGCGAAAUGCCAUCGUCCAACUCACGAAUCUCGUCGCGAAGCAGCAGCAGCAGAUCGAAAAUUUAGCAAAUCGAACUUUUUCGACGGCGGCUAGCGGAAGUGAGAAGACAAUCGAGUCGUUGGCAAAUGGAAUUCAAGAUUUCCUGUACGAUCCGGACGCAGGAGUUUUCUUUGAUGCAUGGUACGCUAGAUACGAAGACGUCUUCAUUCAGGAUGGUCAUUCUCUCGACGAUGCCGCCCGUGUGAGAUUGCUUCUACGCAAAUUAAGCACCCCUCUGCACGAUAAGUACGUGAACACUAUUCUGCCAAAGCAUCCUCGCGAUUUCUCUCUGGAUGAGACCGUUACAAAACUGAAGAAGUUGUUUGGUCGCCAGAAGUCGGUUUUUCACUCCCGUUACCAGUGCCUGCAGUACGCCAAGAGUGACGCGGAUGAUUUUACUUCGUAUGCUGCCAUGGUGAACAAACACUGCGAAGCGUUUCAACUUUCCAAGCUCACGUCGGAUCAAUUACAGGGUUUUCAAUGAUAUUACAGGGUUUUCAAUGAUAUUAUUGACGUGUUCAGCGAGUUGUUGAUUCGUUCGGGCAUAUAAUUGACACUUUCAGCGAGAUAUUGAAUUGUUCGGAAGCAGGCGUUGACAAGUUCGGCGAUACUAUAGAGCUGUCACUUUCGUACCCCUUGGACUGCAGCUUGGAUCAUUCUCAUCAGAAGGUAAACAAACGGUUUUCGUAAAAAUAUGUUUGUUUUAACUAAUUCAUGUAUUAAACAGCUUGGGGAAUGAUUAUUAGCUACUUUUAGGACUUCUAAGAAUAAAAAAUUGAACCCUGCGGCACAGUGUGUAAACAAAACAAAUGACAGCACUACAGAAUCGCUGAACAUGUCAACGCCUGCUUACGAACAAUUCAAUAUCUCACUGAAAGUGUCAAUUAUAUGCCCGAACGAAUCAACAACUCGCUUAACAUGUCAAUAAUAUCAUUGAAAACCCUGUAUUGACGUGUUCAGCGAGUUGUUGAUUCGUUCGGGCAUAUAAUUGACACUUUCAGCGAGAUAUUGAAUUGUUCGGAAGCAGGCGUUGACAAGUUCGGCGAUACUAUAGAGCUGUCACUUUCGUACCCCUUGGACUGCAGCUUGGAUCAUUCUCAUCAGAAAGUAAACAAACGGUUUUCGUAAAAAUAUGUUUGUUUUAACUAAUUCAUGAAUUAAACAGCUUGGAGAAUGAUUAUUAGCUACUUUUAGGACUUUUCAGAAUGAAAAAUUGAACCCUGCGGCACAGUGUGUAAACAAAACAAAUGACAACACUACACAAUUGCUGAACUUGUCAACGCCUGCUUACGAACAAUUCAAUAUCUCGCUGAAAGUGUCAAUUAUAUGCCCGAACGAAUCAACAACUCGCUGAACAUGUCAAUAAUAUCAUUGAAAACCCUGUAAAAGCUCUCCGAUUUGUCUGUGGACUCCAAUCGCCACGGGAUGCGGACAUCCGAGCUAGAUUGAUUUCGAAACUGGAAGCUGAUGAAACUGCAGUUGUUGAACAAGGAGAAGCUGCAAGUAAGGUGACUUUGGAAAACCUGGUGGAAGAAUGUCAUCGUGUGGCCAACCUUAAGCAUGACUCGCAGAUGGUGGAAAACAAGGAGGCUUGCUCCGUCAACGCCAUUUCGCGCAACCAGAAUCAUUCUUCUUUGAAGAAGACCAACAAAGUGCCCAAGACACCCUGCUGGAAAUGUGGGGAACUGCACUACGUUCGUGAAUGUCUGUUUGCAUCGCACAUGUGUACUAGAUGCAAGCAGCAAGGACAUAAAGAAGGCUACUGUUCAAGCAGUAAGCCCGCUGCAUCCAAGCCUUUCAAGCAAUGGAAGCCCAAAGAGAGCAUGAAGACGAAUGGCAUUUACACUGUUCGCAACGUCGGAAGAAAACGCAAAUUCGUCUCGGUCGAGCUCAAUGGGGUAGCAGUCAAGCUUUAGCACGACUCGGCGUCCGACAUCACCAUCAUUUCGAACGAAACAUGGGCUAGCAUCGGACGACCACCCACUCAACCGACCGAUGAAUCUGCUGUCACAGCGUCUGGUAGUGAUUUGAAUCUCCUCGCAGAGUUUCAAGCCGACAUCACUAUUAACAACGUGACCAAGACAGGGUGCAUUUUCAUCUCUGAUAGCGCCGAUCUCAACGUUUUGGGAAUCGAUACUAUGGAUCUGUUUGAUCUGUGGUCCGUACCGAUUAACAGCUUGGUCAACGUCGUACAUCAAAACUCUGACCAAUACGUUGAUCGCCUCAAGCACCAGUUUCCGGAGGUUUUUCGAAGCACGCUGGGUAGAUGCACAAAAGCGCAAGUGAAGUUAUACUUGAAGCCUGAUGCCCGUCCAUGCUACUGUCCGAAGCGACCAGUGGCGUAUGCGGCUCUUUCCAAAGUAGAUGCGGAACUCGAAAGGCUCGAAACAAACGGUAUAAUUUCUCCAGUUCAAUUCUCGGACUGGGCAGCACCAAUAGUCGUCGUACGGAAGUCGGAUAAUGUUUCGGUCCGUGUGUGCGGUGAUUAUUCUACGGGGCUGAACAACGCGCUGGAAUGUGACCGUCAUCCUCUACCUCAUCCUGACGAUCUUUUCGCGGAGCUGGCUGGGGCACGCUAUUUCACACACCUUGACUUAUCAGACGCCUAUCUACAAGUUGAGGUCGAGGUGGAAUCGCGCAAGCUACUUACCGUGAACACACAUCGCGGCCUUUUCCAGUACAACCGACUUCCUCCUGGAAUCAAGUCGGCACCUGGCGCUUUCCAACGCAUUAUUGACAGCAUGGUGGCUGGCAUCUCUGGAGUGAAACCUUACCUUGAUGAUAUCUUCAUUGCUGGCCGCACCAAAGAGGAGCACGGCCGUAUCCUCUAUGCUGUUCUCGAACGCGUCCGUGAGUAUGGUUUCCAUUUACGCCUUGAAAAAUGUCGUUUCGCGCUUCCCCAGAUCGGUUUCCUUGGAUUGAUCGUCGACAAGGACGGUGUUCGGCCUGACCCGUCCAAAACAGAAGCCAUUGCCAAGAUGCCACCCCCGAAGGACGUGAAGCAACUUCGCUCCUACCUCGGAGCUAUCAACUAUUAUGGUCGAUUCGUUCCACAGAUGAAGCACCUCAGGGCUCCCCUAGAUGACCUGCUGAAAAAGGAUGCUCGCUGGAACUGGACAAAAGAGUGUCAGAAAUCUUUUGAGCAGUUCAAGACCAUUUUACUCUCCGACCUGCUGCUUACUCACUAUGACCCAUCUAAGGAGAUCAUCGUCGCGGCAGACGCAUCGAAGUAUAGUCUAGGCGCUGUCGUCAUGCAUCGUUUACCCACCGGUGAGGUGAAGGCAAUCGCACAUGCUUCUCGCUCACUGACGGCAGCGGAAAUUAACUACGGCCAAGUGGAAAAGGAAGCAUUGGCGUUGAUAUUCGCUGUCACCCGUUUCCAUAAGAUUCUGUACGGACGGCAUUUCACUCUCCAAACCGAUCAUCAACCGCUACUCAAAGUUUUCGGCUCGAAAAAAGGAAUACCUGUUUACACAGCCAAUCGUCUGCAACGUUGGGCUUUGACACUUCUCCUGUAUGACUUCGAGAUCAAGCACAUCUCGACGAUGAAUUUCAGCUACUCAGACUUCCUGUCCCGGCUGAUGUCAUCACAGCGCAGAUCAGAUGAGGAUUACGUCAUAGCUGCCGUCUAUGUCGAAUCCGAAGCAAAGGCGAUUCUCGAAGACUCCAUCAACAAUCUGCUAGUCACACAUCAGAUGAUUGUGGCUGAGACACGUAAGGAUGCUGUUCUGCAGCAAGUGAUUAGUUAAAUCAAUGAA